AAUUAUAACUGCAGCAUCUAUUUAAAAAAAAACUUUAGUUGCUAUGGUCAUUUUAGUAAGGCUUGUGGUUACGCUCCAUGAGCCAAUGUGCAAUCAGGAAUCCGCCCACUUCAGGAAUCAACCGAGCCGAUUACCCAAUGGAAUGACGAAGAUUAGAUAUGACCGAUUUGAAGGACCAAUCAGAGACAGAGUAAUACGCUUCUCUACACUGUCGCUGACGCGGUCUACUACUGCUGGAAUUCUGACGGAGGAUCAACUUGUCAAAAACGCUUACCAAAAUGUUUCUUCGCGCUUUAGAAAUUAUAUUUUUCUUCUACUUUUUAUCCCACAUUCCAAUUAGUCUCAUGAUUGAUCUUCAGCCUUUGUUUCCUGUACAUCUGUAUCCUUCCAAGCUGAAAAACCUAUUGCACUGGUAUGCUGCUGAAUUCAAGGAUCCGAUGAUGAUGGCCCCUCCUGUGUGGUUCAAAUCUUUUGUAUUCUGCGAGGCUCUCGUUCAGCUGCCCUUUUUCCCAAUUGCAGCAUACGCCUUCAUGAAGGGUGGAUGCAAAUGGAUCAGAACACCAGCAAUCAUUUAUUCUGUUCAUGUGGCCACCACUUUAAUCCCUAUUUUAAGUCACAUCCUUUUUAAUGACUUUACUCUGGCUACACAUCCGGGACCCCAAACUCUUCAAGAACGUCUGACCCUGGUGUCCAUCUAUGCUCCGUACCUUAUCAUCCCCAUCAUGAUACUGUUCACCAUGCUCUUCAGCUCAACGUAUAACUCAACCUCUACAAAAGGAAACGCUUCCUCAAAGUCCAAGAAACUAAGAUAGAUACAGUUCAUCCUUUCUAUGUAUUCAUUAUACUCUAGUCAAUAUCUGAAGUGGACCUUUCAUCAAAGUUGUCUUAAAACCAAAAUGCGUUCUUGUCUUAGGACAACUUUGAUGACUAUCAAUGUUGACUACUGUAGUAGUUGCUAGUAAUUACAUGUGAUUAAAUAAUUUAAUAUGUGCCAGGAUAUUUGAUAAUUGUAUGAAGCGUUUCCUUUUUUUUUUUUUUUUUUUACUCUUUCAAGUUUGAGCAAUUUUUGAUCUCAUAGUAAUAAUGUACCGU